GACUAGGCCUGAAACCAGUGAGUCUCUUCCCAAGAUGGCCAUUUCUAUGGAUGAAUCACCGCAGGAGCGACACACAUGUGACAGCCCCCAGGACUUCAAAUUGGGAGAAGGUUUGGAAUAUGAUGUCAAGUUAGAAAAGAAGCCGAGAAACCAGGAAAAUCAUUCAGGCCACUUGAAAGUUACCUCCCAGGAAACUCUUCCUAAAGAGCAAAGUGAAGAAUGUCUUAACGUUGAGAAAAGCUUCAGUCUGGAGUCAUUCAUUUCUCUACAGCAGAAGGAUCCUGUCACAGCAAGUCAACAUGAAUGUGAUACCAAUGAAAAGAACUUCAGGCAAUAUUCAAACCUGGUUAAACAUACAGAAAUCAACUCAGGGAAUACACUUUCUAAUUGUAAUGAAUGGGAGACAUGCUUCAAUUAUCAUUCUGACCUUAUUCAUUUUCAUAGAAACCCUAAUGGAGAAACAGCUUAUGAAAAUAGUCAGUGUGAGAAAGUCAUUAGCUGGGGCACAGACUUCAUUGGACAACAGAAGAUUCACACUGGAGAAAAACCUUAUAAGUGUAAUGAGUGUGGGAAGGCCUUUAGCAAGAGCACAAAACUUAUUUACCAUCAGGAAAUUCAUGCUGGUGAGAAACUCUAUAAAUGUAAUGAAUGUGGUAUUUCCUACAUGCAUCACUCUUCCCUUACUUAUCAUCAGAGAUUUCAUACUGGAGAGAAAGCUUAUGAAUGUAAUCAGUGUGGGAAGGCCUUCAGCUGGAGCACAGAUCUUAUUAGGCAUCAGAGAACUCACACUGGAGAAAAGCCUUACAAAUGUAAUGAAUGUGGGAAGGCCUUUAUCCAGAAUACAAAUCUCAUUUAUCAUCAGAAAAUUCAUACUGGAGAGAAACCCCAUAAGUGUAAUGAAUGUGGUAUAGCCUUCAUCCAUCACUCAUCUCUUGACUACCACCGGAGAGUUCAUACUGGAGAGAAACCUUAUCAAUGUAAUCAGUGUGGGAAGGCCUUUAGGCGCAGCACAGACCUGCUUAGACAUCAGAAAUUUCAUACUGGAGAAAAGCCUUAUAAAUGUAAUAUAUGUGGAAAGGGCUUCACUCAGAGCUCAUCCCUCACUGUACAUCAGAGAAUUCAUACUGGAGAAAAACCCCACAAAUGUAAUGAAUGUGGCAAGGCUUUUGGUGAACGUUCAUCCCUUAUUUGUCAUCAGAGAAUUCAUACUGGAGAGAAGCCUUAUCAAUGCAGUGAAUGUGGUAAGGCUUUCAUGCAUCCCUCAUCACUCACUUACCAUCAGAAACUUCAUACUGGAGAGAAGCCUUUUAAGUGUAACGAAUGUGGCAUGUCCUUCAUCCAGAAGACCAAGCUCAAUUACCAUAAGAGGAGUCAUACUGGAGAGAAGCCUUAUGAAUGUAAUGAAUGUGGGAAGGCCUUUAGCCAAAAUGCAAAGCUUAUUUAUCAUCAGAAAACUCACACUGGUGAAAAACCCCAUAAGUGCAGUGAAUGUGGCAAAGCAUUCAUACAUUACUCAUCCCUUACUUACCAUCAGAGAAUUCAUAAUGGAGAGAAAUUUUAUGAAUGCAACCAAUGUGGGAAGGCCUUUGGCCGGAGUACAGACCUCAUUAGACAUCAGAAACUUCACACUGGAGAAAAACCUUAUAAAUGUAAUGUAUGUGGGAAGGCCUUCAUCCAGAGUUCAUGCCUUACUGUGCAUAUGAGGAUUCAUACUGGUGAAAAACCAUAUGAAUGUAAUUACUGUGGUCAAGCCUUCAGUUUGAAUCAAAACUGUAUGAGACAUCAGAAACUUCACAUGGGUUAUGAAGUCUUACAAUGAAUAUGGGAAUGUAAUCAGCCAGAACAUGAACUUAUGAUGUACAUCAGAGAAUUGAAUAGUUAACUGAAAUUUUUUAGAUUAAUGAACGUGGAUAAACUUCCAACCAGCAUUUAGGCCUAGUUUACCACCAGAAUCAUCAUACUUCAGAGAAAGUAUCAAAAUGUAAUCAAUUUGAGAAGACUUUUGCAAAUUCCUUACAUUUAUCCCUACUAAAUUUUAUUCUCUGGUUUUGGACUCUAUCAUCCCAUGAAAACCUUUUCUCCAUUUGUGUCAUUGACAAAUUUGGUAAGCAACCUAUCUGUGAUUUUUAUCUGAGACCUUGAUAAAAAUGUUAAAUGACACCCAGACAAGCCCUGAUCCUUGGACACCUCACAAGUUGACAAUUUCUCCAAAAAUAGCAUAAAACUCUUUCUUACCUUCUUUGCUAACAUCUAGAUAAACUGUAAAGCUGUAAAGGAGAUAUGGAUAGUUUUAUAGAAUUUGUUGGCAAAAAACACAUUGUCGCCAAUACUUUAUUGAAAUAUGUCUUUCUAGGUGUUAAUUACUAUCUGUCUUUUUAAUGAUC